AAGGUGAGCAGAGCCACAACGACGAAGACUAACUGUUUUUGCUGGUGGGUGGAAAGACGGCAUCCGGCCUCCGAGGAAGAAGAGCAGAGCAAGGUCUGGUAGUCGGGAGGAAAUAACCCUAAAUCUUUCUGGCAGACAUGGAGAAGAUGAAGCGUUUCCGCCGGCGGCUCUCCCUCACCCUGCACACCAGCCACACCAUCGACGAGUCCCUGUCGGAGCUCGCAGAGCAGAUGACCAUAGAGGACAACGGCUCUAUAGACAGCGAGCCCAUUGUGCGUAACGGCCGCCCGCCCACCUCCCACAGCAUGCAGUCCUUCCUGCAGCAGUACACCGGCUCCUUCAAGAAGCCUCCGCUACGGCGACCACACAGCGUGAUCGGGGGCAGUCUGGGCUCCUUCAUGGCCAUGCCCCGCAAUGGCAGCCGCCUGGACAUAGUCCAUGAGAACCUAAAGAUGGGCUCAGAUGGAGAGAGUGACCAGGCGUCCGGGACGUCGUCAGAUGAGGUCCAGUCGCCCACCGGGGUCUGCCUGAGGAGUAGGGUCCAGCGCCGCAUCUCCAUGGAGGACCUGAACAAGCGCCUGUCUCUGCCUGCUGACAUCCGUAUUCCUGACGGCUACCUGGAGAAGAUGCAGCUGAGUAGCCCCUCAUUCCAGCUGCCCCUCAGCCGGCGCUCCCGCAGAGUGUCCCUGUCGGAGAUUGGCUUUGGGAAGCUGGAGACGUACAUCAAACUGGACAAACUGGGAGAGGGGACCUACGCUACAGUGUUUAAGGGGCGCAGUAAGCUGACUGACAACCUGGUGGCGCUGAAGGAGAUCAGACUGGAGCACGAGGAGGGUGCUCCCUGCACAGCCAUCAGGGAGGUGUCGUUGCUGAAGGACUUGAAGCACGCCAACAUAGUGACCUUACACGACAUCGUGCACACCGAGAAGAGCCUCACGCUUGUCUUCGAGUACCUGGACAAGGACCUGAAGCAGUACAUGGACGACUGUGGGAACAUCAUGAGCAUGCAUAACGUGAAGAUCUUCCUGUUCCAGAUCUUGCGGGGCCUGUCCUACUGCCACAAGAGGAAAGUUCUCCACCGCGACCUGAAGCCCCAGAACCUGCUCAUUAACGAGAAAGGAGAACUCAAACUGGCCGACUUUGGUCUGGCCCGAGCCAAGUCUGUCCCCACUAAGACGUACUCUAACGAGGUGGUGACCCUGUGGUACCGCCCCCCCGACGUCUUGCUGGGAUCCUCAGAGUACUCAACCCAGAUCGACAUGUGGGGGGUGGGGUGUAUCUUCUAUGAGAUGGCUGCAGGUCGGCCUCUGUUCCCAGGCUCCACCGUGGAGGACGAGCUGCACCUCAUAUUCAGGCUGCUAGGAACCCCGUCAGAGGAGAACUGGUCGGGGAUCUCCUCCAUUGAAGAGUUCAAGUCUUACAAGUUCCCCAAAUACAAACCCCAACCCUUCAUCAACCACGCACCCAGGUUGGACAGUGAAGGCAUUGAGCUGGUGUUAUCGUUUCUGAGAUUUGAGUCCAAGAAGAGGAUUUCAGCUGAAGAGUCGAUGAAGCAUGCCUACUUUAAGAGUCUGGGGACGAGGAUACACACCCUGCCUGAGAGUAUAUCAAUAUUUACCCUCAAGGAUGUUCAGCUUCAGAGAGACCCAGGCUACCGGAAUUCUUCAUAUUCAGAUUCAGGCAACAGUAAGAACAGAAGACAGAGCAUGCUGUUCUAGACUCUCUGCCUGAGGAACAUGAUCAAGAUGCCCCAGCCACCCUGGCUACCCCUCUCCACCCUCCCACCCCCACCAACACCCCUGAUGGAGUAGGCUGGAGCUGUUCCUCUCCUCCACCCUCCGCAUGAGCCCCCCUCCCCCCUAGACGGAGCACACAUCCUCACCCCUCUCACC